AUGUCACGACGAGGUGAUCUGGAUGCUAAAGUGUACAUUGGUGGUUUACCGCAUGAUGCCACUUCACAGGAGAUCGAAGAUACAUUCCACCGAUUCGGUCGUAUUCGUAAAGUAUGGGUGGCUCGGCGCCCUCCUGGCUUUGCUUUCGUUGAAUUUGAAGAUAGUAGAGACGCUGAAGACGCAGUGAAGUCACUGGAUGGAGCUCGCAUUUGCGGAGUACGUGCCCGUGUUGAGCUUUCUCAUGGUAAGCGCCGUAAUGGUGCUGGUGGUGGAGGCGGCGGUCGUGGUUAUGGCGGUGGCCGCGACGGUGGUUAUGGUGGUCGCAGAUCCAGGUGA